CGAGAAUAGAGGGGUAGGAAAAAGAGGUGUGAUGCGUAUUUAGGAUUAUGUUUAUUAUCGUCACAUGCACAGAUGCAGGGAAAAGCAUGCUAUCCAUUUGGGUCAGAAAAUACUAUACAUAAAUGCAAUCAAGUCAAAUUCAAGUACAAUAGGUAGAGCAAAGAGGAAAAGUGCACAAUGUAGUUCUCAGCAUUUUGGCGCUACAGUUCCAUAGACAAAGUCCAAAGUCCACAAUCAGACAGUACCCUAUCUUAUGGAAGGACCGUUCAAUAACACAGAUGCUGCCUGACCAGCUGAGUUCCUCCAGCACUUUGUGUUUUGCUCAAGAUUCCAGCAUCUGCCGUUCCUUGUGUCCCGCGAUCUAUUUGGUAUUAUUCCUAAAUAUAAAGUGAUUUGGGUGAAAACUUGGGGAUGAUGUUGACGUAUGACUUUCACCCAUGGUAUUACAUGUACUAAAAACAUGCUGUGGGGGCUAAACCAGAUAGAUUGGCGGCUUUUUUCAAUAUCCCUCUCUACAAUCAGACUGUCAAUUGAACUGGGAGAUCAGUUGAAAGGAGGUGCGGCUGACAAAACUGUUAAGUAGCCAAUGCUUUCACAAAUGCACCCAUAAUAAUUUUGAGCUUUUUUCCUAUUUUUCCCAAAGUCAAAGAUUUUGCUUCGUAAAUUAUCUAUGUUUAAAGACUGGUUAAUAACUUCUAGUAUGUUCAUAUGACCCUUGACUUCUGCGGAUGUGUUGUAAUAUAAAUAGCAGAAAGUCAAAUGUCCAAAGUAAAGCACAUCAUUUUCAAAUCUUAGAACAAUGCCAAAAGGAAUAGUUUGGUUAAUGACUAGGUGCUUGUACAUCUGGCUGGCUGCAUCAUCGCUUUCUAAAGCCUAUAGUGAUUAUGGCCGUCCCUCGCGGUCAAGGUUGGCUCGCUUCCACUCAACUUCUGUGGGUUCUGAAGUGUCUGAAGAGUCCUUUGUGGGAUCCGCAGACUCAGCCACAGGGGACGAUCAUACAGGAACAGAUGAUGACGGUUAUCCCAGUUGGAUGGAAUAUCCCCAUAAUAAUAAUGAUCCUUGCCUUUCAAACCCUUGCCAGAACCAGGGAACCUGUGAAACAACUGUUUCAGGUUUCACCUGCCGAUGUCCUCGCCCAUUCAUCGGAAGAAGAUGCCAGAAUGUGAAUGAUCCUUGCAAGAAAAACAUGUGUAAGAAUGGAGAAUGCAUUAUCCAGUCCAACCCACCGUAUUAUAAGUGUAAAUGCAAGCACCCAUAUGUAUUACCUACAUGCAAAAAAGCAUCUGCACCAUGUAAUCCUAAUCCGUGUAAAAAUGGAGCCACAUGCAAAGCUGGGAAGAAAAAAUCCUUCACUUGUAACUGCCCUACAUCAUUCAGAGGAGAGCUUUGUGAAAUUGCACCAAAUGAAUGUUACCAGGCUAAUGGUGUGUCGUACAGAGGUCGUGUGAAACAGACGGAACAGGGGAAGAAGUGCCUUCACUGGAGCUCUAACUUGCUGCUCAAAGAAGCCAUUGGUACUCACAUGCAAACCCCCAGCAAAUAUGGCAUUGGUGAUCACAAUUAUUGCAGAAAUCCUGAUGGUGAUGAAAAACCUUGGUGCUAUUUUAAGGAGAAGAACAAUAAAUUAAAUUGGGAUCAUUGCAACAUAUCUCAAUGCGCUGCAGCAUCUGUAACACAACCCCAUCGGCCAGCAACAACCAGACCUGCUGCCCGAUCGACUACCGCUCCUUCCACAGCUGUACCCUUCCAGUGUGGAGUGCCGGAGGUCGGAAAUGUCACGUUCAAAAUCUUUGGAGGGAAAAGAACAGUACCUGGAAAAUAUCCAUGGCAAGUGUCUCUGCAGCUGAAGAAUCGUGUUGGACUCUAUAAAGCAGGACAUCUAUGUGGUGGAGCAUUGAUCAAGCCAUGUUGGGUUCUCACUGCUGCACACUGCAUUCUUUCACAGGCACAACCUAAAGACUUCCGCUUACAACUUGGUAAACAAGACCUUCAGAAAGAUGAAACUCAUCAGCAAAACUUUGAUGUUGAAAACAUCAUUGUCCAUGAUAAUUAUCAAGAGACCUCCGUGGGAUUAUAUAAUGAUAUGGCGUUGUUGAAAAUUAAACAAGUCAACGGUCAUUGUGCCAAGGAAACUAAAUACGUAAAAACUGUAUGCAUGCCAGACAGUGAUUUUCAGCCAGGCACAGAUUGCCAUAUUUCAGGAUGGGGACAAACUGAAACAGAGGCAUCUUCCAAUCAAUUGUUGCAUACAAAGGUGAAGCUGAUAUCUGACCAACACUGUAAGGACCCUCGGGCCUAUGGAAACGCUAUCAAUCACACCAUGUUUUGCGCAGGAAGUCUAGACGGAAGUGUGGAUUCAUGUCAGGGUGAUUCUGGAGGACCACUGACUUGUAUGAAAAAUGGCCGCCACCAGGUCUAUGGAAUCGUGAGCUGGGGGGAUCGCUGUGGAGUGAAGUAUAAACCUGGGGUUUAUGUACGCGUCACCGCGUUCCUUAAGUGGAUUAAAGCACGAGCUACCUAUGAAGGUUGCUACUACUGGCAAAAAACAACCAAGUCAGGGUCUAACUGUUAUAUAUAUAUCGGUAUGGCAAGGGGUAUAGAUUUGAUUUUGAUUUGUGUGAUCUGGCAUACAGUUGUACCAUUAACAAGGCCCAUGGAUUGGUACUACGAUGAAACAGAUGACUAUGAAAACUCUGAAGAUGCCGAUGACGUGAAUGAACAGGAAGUUCAAUAUCUGACUUCAAACUGGACGUUCGCGGAUUCUGAAGAAGAAGAUCCUUGUUUAACAAAUCCUUGUGAAAAUGAGGGGACCUGUGAAACAAUUGGUACAGAAUUCCUGUGCCACUGUCACCCCCUUUAUAUUGGAAAUAUGUGUCAAAUAGUGAACAAUCCCUGCAAGACGAAAACUUGCAAACAUGGAGAAUGCAUCCUUAAUGCUACGCCGCCAUACCACAAGUGCAAAUGCGACUAUCCAUACAAGCCACCUGACUGCAAAAAACGAGUUUACACCUGUUCAAGAAACCCUUGCAAAAAUGGAGGAGUCUGCAGAAAGGGAAAAUUAAGGAGUUCUUUCAUCUGCACCUGUCCAAAGAAAUUCACAGGAAAAUUUUGUGAAGUUGAUACGAAUGACUGUUAUGAGGAAAAUGGUGAAAACUAUCGAGGCAAUGUUAGUACAACGAUACAUGGGAAAAUAUGUUUAUAUUGGAGUUCGCAUUUACUCCUAAGGAAAAAUAUUAAUAUACUUGGGGAGCAAGCCGCAGAAAAUGGUCUUGGAGAUCACAGAUUUUGUAGGAAUCCUGAUGAUGAUGAUAAACCUUGGUGCUUUUUCAAAGAACACAAUGGAAGACUGAAAUGGGAUUUUUGUUCAAUCUCUCAAUGCCAGAGAGAAUCUACUUCCGCUUCAGAAACUGAGCCUAUUGCUGAAACUGAGCCUACCCCUGAAAACGAGUCUUUCCCGACCACGGCACCUCAAACAUUUGAAAGCUGUGGACAAACAAUAACUUUCAGAAGCAAUUUCAGUCGCAUCUUUGGUGGAAGAAAGACAGUUCUUGGCAGGCACCCUUGGCAAGCGUCUUUACAACUAAAAAUUCGUCUUGGUAUUUAUGAGGAAGGACAUCAAUGUGGAGGAACCUUGAUUGCACCCUGUUGGGUUCUUACUGCAGCUCACUGUUUGGAGGCUAGCAUACAAGCCAAACAUUAUCAAAUAUUACUUGGGAAAAACAAUUUAAUGGUUACAGGACUCAACGAACAGAUUUUUGAUGUUGAGCAAAUCUUUAUACAUCCGGAUUAUCAAAACACAGACCACGCCUUGUACAAUGAUAUUGCUUUAAUGAAGUUGGAAAGUGUGGAUGGAAUGUGCGCCAAGGAAACCAAAUAUGUUAAAGCGGCUUGUUUGCCAGAUGGCAAUUUACCUCUCUCCUCUCUGUGCUACAUUUCAGGAUGGGGUUUAACAGAAAAAGGAACCCCUACAGAUUAUUUAUUGGAUGCAAAUGUAAAACUGAUCUCUCAGCAAUCUUGCAAUCGAGCUUCAUCUUACGAUGGUGUCCUUGACCAAACCAUGCUUUGCGCAGGAAAUUUAGAGCGAGGUGGAGUGGAUUCUUGUCAGGGUGACUCAGGAGGUCCACUGACCUGUUUGAAGGAUGGACGUUAUCAGGUCUAUGGAAUAGUGAGCUGGGGGGAUCGCUGUGGAUUGAAGAACAAGCCUGGUGUUUAUGCUCGUGUCAGCACAUUCCAUAACUGGAUUCAAGGAAUAAUUAAUUAGAUUUUACUGUUUCAACAUGCAAAUGAAAUCAAAAAAUAAAUUUGGUAGCUCAGCUGCAGGUUGUGUUGCCCACCCUGUGUAUUAAUGGUUAAUAAAAUAUAACUUUCCAUACCCUGAAAGAAAA